AUGAGGUGUCUGUUCUUUGCUCUGCUCUUGAGAGCUGUGUUUGCCACGGCAGAUGACAAAAUUGUUGGAGGCCAUGAGUGCACGCCUCAUUCUCAGCCCCAUCAGGUGUCUCUGAACUCUGGAUACCACUUCUGUGGUGGCUCCCUUGUCAACGAAUACUGGAUUGUGUCUGCUGCUCACUGCUACAAAUCCAAAAUGGACAUCGUACUCGGUGAACAUAACCGUUGGUUUAUGGAUGGCAAUGAACAGAUCAUUUCUGCUGCUCUUGUGAUCCCUCAUCCCAACUACGAGUCCUGGCUAGUCAAUAAUGACAUCAUGCUGAUCAAGCUGAGCGAACCAGCUACCAUCAACCAGUAUGUUCAGCCUGUGGCUCUGCCCACCAGCUGUGCUUCUGCAGGCACCAUGUGCACAGUCUCUGGCUGGGGUGUGACCAUGAGCAACUCCGCCGACAGUAACAGGCUGCAGUGCCUGAACAUCCCCAUCCUGUCUGAUGAGGACUGUGAUAACUCCUACCCUGGCAUGAUCACUGAGGCCAUGUUCUGUGCUGGAUACCUGGAGGGAGGCAAGGACUCCUGCCAGGGUGACUCUGGUGGCCCUGUUGUGUGUAAUGGAGAGCUGCAGGGUGUUGUGUCCUGGGGUUUCGGGUGUGCAGAGAAAAACCACCCUGGUGUCUAUGCCAAGACCUGCAUUUUCACAGACUGGCUGCAGAGCACCAUGGCCACUUACUGAGUCCAGGAUAAUGUUUACAGUGUAUGACAGGACUUUUCUACACUGCACCAUCUUGUGUGAAAGAAAUUGCAAGUUGUAAUGGAAGUAAAAGAAAAUAAAACCUACACUUUCAGUCUGC